GAGGAAUCUGCAGCAAAAGACACCGAUGAGGAGGAGCAUCAAGAUUCCUCGUCUUCCUCGAGCUCCGAUGUCGAUGACUUCGGGAAGUCUGAAGCCGAGGAAGUGGGACCACCGCCGGCAAACAUGUCGAGGCGGCGAAUAUCAACCGACGUGAACAUGGAAUUGCUCCGCAAAACCUUGGAAGAGAAGGCCAAAAGAAGGCAGGAGGCUGAAGAGAAGAAGCAAAAGGCUCGAUUCCGACGAGCGGUUGCCAACUUUAUGGAUGGUCCCUACAUGACUUUGAUUUCAGUGUGCUUGACUUUUUGGGCCCUUCUUGGGGACGACAUCCGCAUCCUCACCACAAACCGACCCGCUGACAUCGGGUGUGGCCCUCAGCCUGUUCGUCAUUGA